AUGCCAAUGACCUCGCCUUCGCCUCCCCCCACGCCACCCACCGCCGACGAGCCUCCCCCUCCGCCUAAUCCUGACGGAGACGCCCCCUCCCCGCCCACGGACGCCGAAUCCCCCCCGCCGCUCCCGGAGGCCGACGCCCCUGCCGCGCCGCCCCCGGACGCCGACGCCGACGCCCCGCCUCUGCAGCAGCCGCACCUCCCGGACGGCAUCCUGGAGGACAUCUUCCUGCGGCUCACGACGGCGGGGGACGUCGCGCGGGCGUCGGCCGCCUGCGCCUCCUUCCGGGCCAUCACGUCCGCGCUCCCGUUCCGGCGCCGAUUCCGCGCGCUCCACAGGGCCCCGGUCCUCGGCUUCCUCCGGGAGGACUUCUACGCCGCCCGCCCGCCGCACCCCUCCGCCCCGGCCGCGCGCGCCCUCGCGCGGGCCGCCGACUUCACCUUCUCCUUCCUCCCCGACGACGCCGCCUGCUGGAGCCCCCGCGACGCGCGUGACGGCCGCGUGCUCUUCUCCGCGGUCCCCAGCUCCCACGGCCGCGGCAGCUUCGCCGACGCUACCUCCACCACCUUUGUUGACCUCGUCGUCGCCGACCCGCUCUUCCGCCGCUGCGUCCGCGUCCCGCCCGUCCCCGACGACCUGGCGGCCCCCGUCCUGCGGUGGGGCAUGCUCGACUUCGAGCCCUUCCUUGCGCCGGCCAGCGCCGAGGACCUGCGCGACGACGGCGUGCCCUUUAGGGUCAUCGGCAAGGUGCUGUGCGAGGACAGGGUCGCCGUGUUCGUCUUCUCCUCGCAUACCGGCGAGUGGCGCAGCUACGGCUCAAGCGAGUUGUCCAACGACUUCGCGCUGGACGCCUUGUACGAGCGGCGCCACUACGUGCAGGGCUGCUUCUGCUGGCUGUUGGAGUGGAUGGAGAAGCUGCUCAUGCUUGACGCCGGCACGAUGGAGUUCUCCAUUGUCGACCUCCCGCCUGGCAACGACGAGAGGCGGUUCGCCAUUCUGGAGGCAGGGCAGGGCAGGAUUGGGCUGCUCAAUAUUGGUAGAAACACAUUGGACUUGUACUACAAGACCUGGCCAGGCAAACGCAAUGAAGAGUGGCAACACGAAACGAAAGAUCACCCAUUGCCCGACUAUCACUGGCGCAUCAUAGGUUCUGAUGAGGAGUACUUGCUCCUGAGAGGGAUUUCACUUGAUUGGCCCUGGUUCGGGAGCGCUUCAUCAGAGAGUCCGGAUAUUGAGUAUUUUGCACUGGAGCUCAAGGCAUUGCAACUCGAGAGGAUGUAUGUGUCCAAGCACAAAAUGUUGCAUGCUCACCUGUACAGGGGCCACCCGCCGCAGAUCUCGGCACCAACUCUAUGA